UGAAAACAACGAUAUCACUGUGACACAAGGAGGAAUCUACAGAUGUGAAGGAAUGACAGAAAAUCCGGAAUCCUUCAGUGAGUCAAGUGACGAGGUCACUGUCCAGAUAAGCUUUUCCAACAAGGUUGUUGCGACUCAGCAACCAAACCGGCCUCAGAUGUUCAGUGGUGAGACGAUCACUCUGACAUGUGAGGUCCAGGGAGGAGAAACCACUGAGUGGACGUGUGAAUGGAGGAGACCUGGGUUGGCUACUCACAGGGCAAAUGGUAAAGACUGGACUCUCAGACUCUCUGACUCCAGUAGUGGAGACUACAUGUGUCGUUGUAGGAGAAGAGAUGACUGGCAUUCGUCAACGAAGUGGAGUGAAGCCAUCACUCUGUCUGUAUCAGAUAAACCCAGAGCCAAACUGACAGCAGGUUCAACAACCAUACCAGUAGGGGGGAGUGUGAUGCUGAGCUGCUCAGUGGAGCCCUCUGCUGGAUGGAAAUACAGAUGGUUCAGAAAGACCUCGGGCUCUUUUGUUGAAUUCAGCACAAAUAAAGAAGAAAACGGAGAUAUCACUGUGAUACAAGGAGGAAUGUACAUGUGUAUGGGAAUGAGAGAAAAAACAGAUUUCUACAGUGAUUCAAGUGACGAGGUCACUGUCCAGAUAAACUUUUCCAACAAGGUCUUUGUGACUCGACAACCAAACUGGCCUCAGAUCUUCAGUGGUGAGACGAUCACUCUGACAUGUGAGGUCCAGGGAGGAGAAACCACUGAGUGGACGUGUGAAUGGAAGAGAACUUGGACAGUUAUACACAAGACAAAUAGUAAAGAGUGGACUUUCAUUGUUUCUGAGUCCAGCAGUGGAGACUACAUGUGUCAGUGUAGAAAGAGAGAUGACUGGUUUUCUUCAACACAGUGGAGUGAAGCCUUCAGACUGUCUGUAUCAAGUAAACCAAAGGCCCGGUUGAAUAGUAAUAGCAGAGAGAUACCAGCAGGAGGCAGUGUGACACUGACCUGUACAGUGACCUCCUCAUCGUCUGGUUGGAAAUAUUUCUGGUACAAAGAACGAGACUCCUCUGAGCCUCUCACCGGAGAAGAAGCUGAUUUUCCUUCAAAUGGACAAAUGAACGUCUCAGAGGAAAGACUGUACUGGUGCAGAGGAGGAAGAGGAGAACCGGCUUACUACACAGACUACAGUGAUAGAAUCAGCAUCACUAAGAAUGUAACUGUGUCCAGUUCUGCCAGCUCUUCAUUUCCUGCGAUGUUUGUUGUUGGACCAUUUGUUGGAAUCGUUCUCAUCAUUCUGCUGCUCUUGUUGUGGCGCUACAGACUAUCAAAGGAUUUUUCCUGCCUCAGGUCGUUGCAGUCUGACAACAGCAGCCAGAGGCCGGCCACUGAUCAUGGAGCGAACGAGACUGAAAAUCAUUACCGCUCUCUGCUGCAUGCCACCACUUCUAUCUAUCACAUUAUCCGCCCGCGUCCGCGUGGAGCUGCUGGAAAUGAUGAAGUUGUGAAAUACGCAAAGAGAAGAGAGAGACCUCAUCCAGAGAAAAGUUGUCUUUAUGUCAAUGUGAUGCCAGGAAUUAACAGCUCAACCUGAAGGUCAUAUGAGAAAAUGUUCCUGCCACUUUUAGAAGUUCUUCUUACAUUUCUGAUUUUUGCUAUGAAUUUACUACCGUAUCCAAACCGUCUUCAUUCUCUAACAAAAUUUACUGACAGUAAUCACAUUGCUGUGUUUUAAAAAAAAGAGAAUCCUGUGAUCUGCCCUGUAGGCUGCAUGCUCUGCUGGUUUAUUCUGCACUGUAAUCUAAUCUAAUAACUCAAAUAUUUGUAUUUUAAAUUGCAAUGAUUAUUUUAUUUCUGCAGCAUUAAGAUGCUUGAGUUGAUUUAAUCCAGUUAUAUCUCUGCAACAGUCACUUGUUACCAAAUUUCAUAACAUGAAAUAUGAAAAUUGCUGUUAUUAUUCUUACUCACACAGCAGCAUUUGUAGAUUUUCCGCUUGUCGUGUGCAUGCAGUAAAAACAAUAUUAACACAGUUUGAAUAUUGAUGGACCUAUUAUUGUUCCUUUUGUGGUGGUGACAUGAGAAUAAAGCCUCUGGGGCAAUUUGAAAUGCUAA